AUGACCACCACUACCAAGAACAUCAUCCUCAUUACCACCACUACUGCCUACAUCAACAAGAUCAAGUCAUCACGACCAGCAUCAACACCAAGGUUACAAAACACUACAGACAACGAGUUCAACACCAAGAGGCCACUACUACCACCACCUUAUAACAAAACCAAGGAUCACCACCACCUACAACAGCAAGAUGAACGCACUAUAUUAUCACAGGUUGACUUCAGUCCUGAGCCAGAUACUGAGGCAAAGACUCCACGCGUUUCCCUAAAGCCACAGCCUAAGAAGCACCAACACAGGAUGAGCCUCGUGACGCUGGCGUUGGUGUGCGUGGCAGUGGCUGCGCUUUGGGCGUAUUCGAAAUGGCGCCAUAGCUACUGGGCAUCGCGGGGUGUGCAAACGCCGCCCUACGUACCCAUCUUGGGUCACAUACAUCACGCGCUCUCAAAGAAAGGGAAAUGGGAGUAUGAUUCAGUGGCUUAUCACAAAUAUGGCGGAUCAAAGUUUUGUGGACUGUAUGAAUUCUUUACUCCGGUCCUGUUGGUGGGUGAUCCCGACCUCAUCAAACAUAUCUUCGUGAAGGACUUUGACCACUUCGUCGACAGAAUGAAUUUAGCUUUAUCACACGAAAAAGACAAGAUAACAGCACAAAUGUUGUCAUUAAAGAAAGGUGAAGAAUGGAAACAGCUGAGGGCCAUCAUGAGCCCGACCUUUUCCUCAGGCAAAAUGAAGGGAAUGUUUCCUCUUGUGUGUGACAAGGCCGACGCCCUCGUUGCUUUCUCUCUCAGUGAAUCGCGAAGGAAACCUUAUGUUGACAUGAAAUACAAUUUUGGUCGCUUUACCAUAGACACGAUUGCCUCUUGUGCUUUUGGCAUCGAGUGUAAUUCAUUCGUGGAUGAACGCGCCGAGUUCCCCAACAGAGCUGAGAAAUUUUUCGAAACAACUCAUUUCAAUAUAAUAAAAUUCAUAAUGAUGACUACGUUACCUACACUUGCAAAGAUGCUCAACAUCCAGUUCACUAAUCCUGAAGCUUAUUUCCUGGAGGAAGUUGUAACACACACAAUAAAGGAAAGAAUGAAAGGGGAAAGACGUGGGGAUUUCCUUGACUUACUCUUGGAAGUUCGCAGUCCUGACGGCAAAGUAAAGGGGAUUGAUAGUACUACCAAGUCAAAACAUCUGCUGGAUGAUAUCACCAUCGCCUCCCAGUGCUUGCUGUUCCUCGUUGCUGGCUAUGAAACAACAGCUACUACCCUGGGCUUUGCUGCCUUCCUGUUGGCUAAGAAUCCAAGUGCACAAGAACAACUCCGUAAAGAGAUCCAAGAUUUGGUUCAUGAAGAAGGUGAUAUUACUUACCAAGGGGUCAUGGAAGCUAAAUAUCUCGAUGCAUGCUUGAUGGAAACACUACGCCUGUUUCCUCCAGCACCAUUUAUAGAACGACUGUGCACUCGUGACUAUCGGCUUCCUGGCACUGACCUGACGAUCAAGGCUGGGGAUAGAAUACAGUGCCCUGUCUGGAGUAUCCACCACGACCCUAAGUACUGGCCCGAGCCUAAUGAGUUCCGUCCGGAGCGUUUUUUGCCCGAGAACAAGACAAGCAUGAAGAACUUCGCCCACAUGCCUUUUGGAAUAGGUCCCAGGAACUGCCUUGCCAUGAGGUUUGCCUUAAUGGAAGCAAAGAUAGUCUUGUCGAAACUGUUGCUUGUGGCAGAGCUUCGCAAUGCACCAGGACACGAAGAAAUGGUGUUGGAGCCAGGAUUGGGUCUCAUUAAGGCCAAGGGUGGAGUCAAGAUUAUCCUGAAUCCACUCUAGAAUUAAAGAAAUGGACGUCGGACCCUCAGAGCUGUGUGAAAAGAAACUACUCCCACUAUCAUCACACUAAUAUGCUUGUCACUCAUUACAACUCUUACCUACAUAAGUCCUUUUCUCUUUCUUUCGCUUCAGUGAAUGUCAUGUCAACUCACAAUGGAAGAUUUUGUUUCAAUAAAAAGAGAGAGGAAAAUGAUUCACUAUAUAAUGGAAACUUCAUGAAGUGAUACCAUGUUAUUGAUAGAAUAAAUGCAUCAUAUAUAAACUUCUUUAGCAAAACCCCAACUAUAUAAUGUAAAUGUAAAAUUUUCAAUUGAACAUAGCCAUAAGAAGGACAUAUGCUCAGUCUGUGCCAACAUGAACAAUGCCAGGUCUGAAUGAACAACCCAAAGACACUGUAAAUUAAUUAAUCUAUAUUUUAGUUUUUUGUAGCUGUCAGCAGCGUUGGCUGUGACUAUUUUUUUUUCUAUGAGCAAAAAGAAAAGGUUUCUAUAUCAAAUAUAAGAUCAAGUAGACAAUCUGACGCCAGGAUUAUAAUUAACAAGUUUGGGGCAGUCUGUUACUUUAUUUCAAAUCUAUCUUCUGAUAAGCUAUACAAGUUUUAUCACCCAUGACGCUGUUAAACAUUGGGAACGUAAGAAAUAAAAUCAUUUCAGAGCAUUAGCAUUUCAGAAAGAAGGUUAAAACAUGUUGGAAUUAAAAUCUAAAUAGAUAACAUCAAAAUUCAUUUAACUGAAUUUGCAGAGAAAAUACGAAACGAAUCAAAAUCAAUUCCUGAAUUCUCGUAGCUGCCACCACCUGGGAAUAUUCUCUCAGGACUUACUCGGGUCAAAGCUUACAGUUUUUACACAUCUGUUCCCAGUGAUAUGAUACAGGGGAGAGAAACAGGUUAUUUACACAAAAGACGUUUUAUUUAAACAUUGGCUACAGCCAUUUUCAAUAAAUCUUACUUCUUAAAAUUUCACUUACCAUUUUAUCUAACCACAAUACAAAUCACUUAUGAUUAAAGGAAGAUAGAACGUGCUGGAAACUGGUAGGUUGAGGAAGUUCUCCGGGCUUCUUCUUUUUCAACAGAUACAACGGUUUGCACGAUACGUAAAAUAACUUAAAUCUCCAUUAGGAACGUAAAAUAAGGUAACUGUAUAAUAAAUCAUCAUAAAAGAAACUGAACUAUUCAUGCAAACAAAUGGGGGAGUCAACUUAUGAAAAAAAAAGAAAAAGAAAACAAGCUCCCCCUCCAAAGCUCUGGAUACUGACAUAGGCUGCUCGUUCAGUUCUCUAUGAACGCCGAAAGAAAACUGCUACUGACGUGCUCCCAUAACAUAGGGAUUUCCGAACAAAUUUCAAAUCUUCAAUAAUUCAGGAUGAUUCCUGGCACCACAGCCGAAGGCCGAAAAGGAAGAGCAAUGCGAGCACGAACGAAAAUGUAGGUAUUUUCUUUCCCGUUACACUAUCUAAAAUUUGUACACAUUUUCCUUACAAUAAUAAAGUUUCUCAUUACAGUGGAAUGGAGGUGGGAAUUGGUUACGGAAAUAUGAAUGCGGUAUAAUUUGUAGUAUUGUUAAUCAGAAAUGUUUUGUACCAGCAAGUGAAUAUUCAAACAUUCAAAACCACACUGAAGUGUUCAGAUGUUCUUAAAAAAUACGGCAUGUUUCGAGCUGGCAUUAUGUUCGAACCUUGCUGGAUAGGUUAGCCACUGAAAUAAACUGAAAUUCUGGCCUCGAUGGACAAGUUGGAUUAGCAGGUAUAAAGGCCUAAUUAUUCUACGGCAAUUAUUCUAGACUAGCCCAAACUGUACUGGAGUACAUUCUGGGCUUCCUCAUCUGGCACUUACUAAGAGACAUCCACUUUGAUUCCAGUUACCGUCUACACCAGUGCAACCGAACAAGCUGCAAGAUUUAUGUGUAUGUACGUACAUUAUUUAAUCUUAUCGGUGACUAAAAGGGGUGAGACAUAUGAGUCUGUGUUUCCGGCGUUGCGUUAUAUGUAUUUGCAUGAACUUAAAGAAAGCAAAGACUGA